AUGGCCGAGAAAGAUAAUCGUCGGAGCGGGGGGGAUUCGCUUGAGCGCCACUCUAGCUCCAGGAAAGCCUCUCGGCAUAAGGACGAUUAUUUGACCGAGCCAAACCUCACCAGCAAAAGAGGUAUUCGUCGUAAAACUUUAUCUGCCACGGUUGAUGAACCUUUUGGUCUACCUCGUUCCAAAAAAAGAAAAGUUGAGGAUCAGACAAGUGCUAACUUACAAAACAGAAAAUUAGAUAAAAAAGUUGCAGGAAAAGGAGAAGGAAGUUGUUUAAAAGAAAAAACAAGCGGAACCAAAUCGCAUUGCAAAAAAAAUUAUUGGAUAAUAAGUGAGCAAACGAAAAAUUACAGUGCAAGUACAUCACCAAAUAGUGUUAAAAUAAAUAAAAACAAUAACGUAUUUAUAUUAAAAAGUGGAUGUAAAAAAAAUAAUUCAAAUUCUGCGAAUGAAAAGUCAAAAUUUGAAGAAACAGAAAAAGAAUUAAAGGAAAAAGUCAAAAGCAAGCCUAAAACAAAUCGAGGAAGAAAAGAAAAGAAAAAAGUUUUUCAUUCAAAGGAAGAGGAAAAAGGAAAAUUAAUUAAAGCUCCUAAAGCUACUAGUUCUACGGAUUUACCUAUUCCCCUGUUAGAGCAAGGAAAUAAUCGGAUCUACGCCUUAAGAAAUCAGGUACGUCUUGAUUCGACAGGAGCAUUAAUUCCAUUGUAUCCUCCGUCCAGAGCAGAAAUAGCUAUCGCACAAGGUCGUAAACCAUUCAUUCCUAAAAGAACAAAAGUGCAAGCUACGACAGCUUGGAAAGUUACAGUGGAGGCUAAUAAAUCGGAGGACAAAACGGAUAAUCAGAAGUCACCGGAAAUCACUGUAGGCCCGCAAAUUCGGGUAACCUUGCGGCGAAGCGCUCGCAGCAAGCACAACACGGGGUCUUGCGCUAGCACCAGCCGACGCUCAUCCCGAGCUGGGAAAGUUGGAGCAGGUUCCAGUUGGGCGAUGAUGUCGGCUGGCCAGGGCCCUUCCACUGCUUCUUCUCAGGGACCAUCUACAUCGGAUGAAACCGUCCCUCCGACUACAACAUCAUCGGUCGGCGCUUCCGCUGAGACUCUCGCUAAAGAAAAAAUUAAUAAAAUAAAAAUUUCUGAAAAUAUUGAUCUUUCUCGGGGGAAAAAAAAUAAUGAUUGGGAAAUAAAUGCUGAGCCUUCUACUAGCAGAGACUCUGGAAAAUCUUGUAUUCAAUUGCCACUUUCAGAUACGUUUUUUGUUGAUUUUUCAGCUUCUGCUUCUGGCACAGCGACUGUCCGUGAAUCAUACGAUUUGACUUCUGAGAGUGACGACAAUAAUGAAGUCGGCCGUUUGCAAGCUCUUCUUGAAUCUCGAGGUCUUCCACCUCAUUUAUUCGGAGCUUUGGGACCUAGAGUGCAACAUUUUUUGAAUAGGAACAUGGGUGUUAGCUCUUUAUCUAAAGCCCAACAAUUGUUACAAGGACUGCAAGCUACUGGAGAUGAAAAUCAACAACUUCAAGCUGUAAUUGAAAUGUGUCAAAUGUUAAUUAUGGGAAACGAGGAUACGUUAACAGGUUUUCCCGUUAAAGAAGUCGUACCUGCCCUUAUAUCAUUAAUGUCCGUGGAUGAAAAUUACGUUAUCAUGAACCAUGCUUGUCGAGCGUUAACGUAUAUGAUGGAAGCUCUACCAAGAUCUUCGGCUGUUGUCGUUGAUGCUGUACCUGUUUUUUUGGAAAAACUUCAAGAAAUUCAGUGUAUGGACGUAGCCGAACAAAGUUUAACUGCUUUAGAAAUGCUUUCAGUCAGGCACAGCAAAAGUAUUUUGCAAGCGAGAGGAGUCGCUGCUUGUUUAAAAUAUUUAGAUUUUUUUAGCCUGGGAGCUCAACGUUCUGCUCUCGCUGUAACUGCAAAUUGUUGUCAAAAUCUACAUGUUUUGGAAUUAAAUUAUGUGUCAGAUUCGUUGCCUAUUUUAGCUUCCCGUCUUACGAGGGCAAACAAAAAAUGUGUUGAAAGCAUUUGCCAGGCUUUUUGUCGUUUGGUAGACAGUUUUCAAAAUGAUCCGACCAAAUUAUUAGAAAUAGCAAGUCCUAUGCUUCUUACCAAUCUUCAGCAACUUUUGGUAGAAUCACCACCCGUUAUUAGUACCAGCACUUUUAUUAGCGUAUUGAGAAUGUUGACUCUUAUGUGCGCUGUUUGUCCUGAAUUAUCUUUAACUCUUCUUAAGCAAUGCAUCGCUGAUACACUUUGUUAUCUUCUAACAGGAUCCGCUGAAAAAAGUUCACAUUUCGAAAUUGAAUUGGUUUCUCGAAGUCCCCAGGAGUUAUAUGAAAUGACUUGCUUAAUUGGAGAGUUGAUGCCUAAGCUUCCAACGGACGGUAUUUUUGCAGUUGAAUGUUUAUUAGAACGACCAAAUAAUUCUAUAUUGGAUGCUGUACAAUGGCAAUGGAGAGAUGAGCAAGGUCACUGGCAUCCUUACGGUAGCUGGGAUUCGAGAAUGAUUGAAGUAGCUCAUCAGAAUGGAGAACCAGAAAUUUUGUUACACUCUCGACAUUCAACAUAUACAAUCAAUUUUCACGCUAUGACGCAGAUAAGUGAAGAUUAUGUAACUUCGUGGCCGAUAAGAAGGAGGGUAAAUCCUACAGCUGUUUUAGGUGGAUCUCAGGAUAUAACAUCUAAUAAUUAUGUUGUUUUACUUGCUGAAAACACAAAUGGAAAUAUAACUCCUGUUAAUUCAAACGUUGGGAUAACAAAAAAUGCUAACGAAGAAAGAGAAUUGGCUUCAUCUUUUGUUCGCUCAUUGUUUUCAACUUUGUACGAAGUUUACAGUUCAUCAGCGGGACCAGCUGUACGAUACAAAUGUUUAAAAGCUUUAUUACGAAUGGUUCACUUUUCCUCUCCUGAGUUGUUAAAGGACGUUUUAAAAAAUCAAAUAGUAUCAAGUCACAUUGCUGGUAUGCUCGCAUCUCACGAUUUAAGAAUUGUUGUGGGAGCUUUGCAAAUGGCCAACAUAUUAAUGCAAAAAUUAUCAGACGUUUUUACAAUUCGCUUUAUGAGAGAAGGAGUUGUUCAUCAAAUAAAACAGUUAGCUUCUGUUGAAAAUGUAGCUGAAACUCCGCCAUCUCUUCCUAAUAUUCCCACUCCUUCUACAUCAUCGUCGACUUCUCUUUCUUUUUCCCUUAAUAACUCGAAUAUAAAUGGAGCCCUAGUUCAAAAUGAUGAUUAUAAUAUGCCUAAUGACGAUAAUUUUUAUCAAAGUUCUUCACAGUUAAAAUUGAGUGAUGUUUUGUCUCGUAAGAGAAAAUCAAAAAGAGGAACCGUUGCGGCAAAUAGAUCUAAAAACAAACACGAGGAUUCUUUACCUUGUUCAAUGGUGCAAGAUAUUAUUAGCAAAGCUACUUCUUUGGGUACUUCAGGAAGAUCAACUCCAACAGGUACUUCUAGAAGUAGGUUUUCUAGUGCUGGAUCUAAAACAACGUCUUUUCUGGCAAGUUUAAAUCCCGCAAGGUGGGGUAGAUCUCUCAAUAAUAGUUCAAGUCUUGGAGAACGUCAUUUUUCAAAGGACUCCGCUUUAUCAAAAUCACCUAGCAAUUCAAAUUUAACGGCAGGAAACAAAGAAAAAAUUCGAUGUUGGAUUCGUGAAACGGCUUCAAAAUUUAUCGAAGUUUAUUUUUCUGAGGAAAUAACAUGUCAGCUUCCUGCCGCGGACGUACUUUUCAAGUUAACUCAACUAAUAAGAAAAUUGCAAUCCUCAGAUUUAAGAAAUGAAGGAUUGCCUGCUUUAAAAGAAUUAUGUGAUAUUUUAAAAGAGUCUGACAUUUCGCCUUUUGAAGUUAACCACAGUGGUUUGGUUGAGGCUCUUCUUGAAUUUUUAACUAAUGAAAACGAUGGGAGAAGAGACUCGUGCCUUCGAGGUUUUCUUCAUAUUUUUGCGGGUUGCCCACUGGAACGAAAUGGUUCUGUAGAUAGUAUUAAUAGUAAUUGCUUAUCACUAUUAGUAUCAAAAUUAAAUAGCUGUGUAUCUCAAGUGGAACAGUUUCCGGUAAAAGUUCAUGACUUGCCCAUAGGAGCAGGCGGUGCAAGAGGCGGAACUAGUGCUUUGAAAUUUUUUAACACGCAUCAGCUUAAGUGUAAUCUACAGCGUCAUCCUGAUUGUACAAAUCUAAAACAGUGGAAAGGUGGCUCUGUAAAAAUAGAUCCCUUAGCUUUGGUUCAAGCUAUAGAAAGAUAUUUAAUAGUUCGAGGUUACGGUCGUAUUCGAGUUCAAGAUUCUGGAGAAUCUGAUGAUGAUAAUUCUGAAGAUGAUGACAUAGACGAUACAUUAGCCGCAGUUGUGAUUUCACAAGGAACUUCUCGACAUCAACUUCAAUUUCUAAUAGGAGAUCAUGUAUUACCAUAUAAUAUGACGGUUUAUCAAGCAGUUAGACAGUUCACUAAUUUAAAUAGCACCGAUCAGUCAGAAACUGAUACAGAUACUGAAAUGCCUUUAGGACAUUCCAGUGUUUGGGUUCAAACUCAUACAAUUCAGUACAGGCCCGCGCCCCCCAGUGUUGGUCCUCUAAACGUUCAAAGUAAUAGAAAACACAAAGGUUCCGUUAAUAAAUCGCAUGGUAAAUCUGAUCAUUUGUGGAAUGAUGGAUCUGUUCCAGCCUUACAUUCUUCUUUAGUUCCUUUUUUAACUAAUAAACUGCCAGAUAAUGUUACGAUUCAAGACUCGUCUCUUCAAGUUUUAAAUCUUCUUCGGGUCCUUCACGCUCUUAGUCGUUACUGGGGAACUUUAUACAAUGUCACAUCUUAUUCUGAACUAUUGCCUAUGAGUUGCUUUGUCAAUAAUAAAAUAUCAGCUAAAACUAGUAGACAGCUUCAAGAUCCUUUAGUUAUAAUGACUGGAAAUUUACCUAUCUGGCUUCAACAAAUAGCUAUGUCGUGCCCAUUUUUGCUUCCAUUCGAAACAAGGCAGCUUCUUUUUUAUGCAACUUCUUUCGAUCGAGACAGAGCACUUCAAAGAUUAUUGGAUGCCACUCCAGAUCUUAGUUCCUCGGAUAGCGCGGAAAGAGUUACUCCUAAAUUAGAUCGUCGCAAAAGGACAAUAUCUAGAGACGAUAUUUUAAAACAAGCGGAAUUAGUAAUUCAAGAUUUGGCUUCCAGUAGAGCUCUUUUAGAAGUUCAAUACGAGGAUGAAGUUGGUACGGGAUUGGGUCCCACAUUAGAGUUUUAUGCACUUGUUUCAAGAGAGCUUCAAAGAGCAGAUUUGGAUUUAUGGGCCGGCGAUAAGGCUGUAGGUCCCGAAGGAGUCACAUAUAUAAAUGCUCAUCAAGGCCUGUUUCCAGCUCCCCUCUCUCGUUCUUCUAAAUACACACAUACAUACCUUACUAAAAUUAAGUCUAAAUUUAGGUUUUUGGGUAAAUUUAUGGCUAAAGCUGUUAUGGAUUCAAGACUGUUGGAUUUACCUUUUAGCCUCGUUUUUUAUCGAUGGCUGUUGGGUGAAGAAGGAUCUCUGCAUUUACCUGAUUUAGUUUAUGUAGCUCCUCAAAUUCAUCAGACAUUAGCCAAACUGCAAAGUUUUCUUUGGCGGAAAAAUUUGCAAAAAAAUUUAACUGACUGUGAUGAAAUCGGAUGCCCUAUUGAAGAUUUAUGUUUAACAUUCACCGUUCCCGGUCACGCAGACCUCGAAUUGAGAAAGGGUGGAAAAGAUAUUUUAGUUACUGAAGAAAAUCUAGACCAGUAUAUAAAAUUGGUAUGCCAUUGGUUAUUAGUGGAAGGAGUUAGUCGUCAAAUGGAAGCUCUUCGUGAAGGUUUUGAAGCUGUUUUCCCUCUGCAACAACUUCACAUGUUUUACCCAGAAGAGCUGGAUGCUGUUUUUUGCGGUUUAGGAGAGCAGCUAGGAUGGGAUGUAAAAACUUUGUCCGAAUGUUUCCGACCUGCUCAUGGAUACACAUUAGAUUCCAAAGCUAUUAGGUUCCUUUUCGAAGUACUCAGCAGCUACAAUGCGACUGAACAACGACUGUUUCUACAAUUUGUGACUGGAUCUCCAAGACUUCCAGUGGGAGGUUUCAAGAGCUUAUCACCGCCAUUAACAGUAGUUAGAAAAGACGUGGAAGGCGAAGCUUCUUCCGAUAACUUCCUUCCAAGCGUAAUGACUUGCGUUAAUUACCUCAAGCUGCCUGAUUAUUCAUCGGUAGAAAUAAUGAGACAAAGGCUCAGCAUUGCCGCUAGAGAAGGUUCACAUUCUUUCCACCUCUCCUAG